GCCUGAAUUGUUCCUGGAAUAGUGCUGUCAUGACUUUAAAAAGAGUGCGAUUCUUGAGCUGAAGGAAUAAUCCAACUACUGCAGCAACUUCCAACAGCCCGGAACAAUGUGCACAAAACUGAUAUGAAGUAUAUGUGGGCCACAUGGAGGUUGGAAGUCAUGGUGAUAAUGAUGAUCGACUAUCCAGCCGCGAGUGGGCUGCUGUCUACCGAGGAAGAUUUGACCAUUCCAUUUUCCGACCCGAUCAAGUACUGCAUCCUGGGAAUCUGCAUUACUCUCUUUCUGCUGGCCUUGUUCGUCUUGGCCUGGCAAGUCUUCAGAUGCUUAACACAGAAACACGCCUUAUAUACAGCUCAGAACAACGCGAGCAGUGACCCCCUUUACCUGGACGACAAGCUGACAACUGAGGACGACUACUUGGAAGGUCCAAGUAUUAAGGUCAACGGGUCACUACGUUUCUCGCUGUACUAUGACGAGCCACAGUCCCGUCUGGUGGUCACCGUGCUGCAGGUGGCGGGUCUGCAGGACCACAGUCAGAUCCACAGCCUGCAGUCCUUCGUCAAGCUCAGACUGAUGCGGGCGGGAUCGAACGGGAACCAAGUCAAUGAGCGUGUCAACGAAGAGGCUGACGGCAUGACCCGCGUGCUGUGGAGAGUUCUGGACGAGUGGCAGACUCACACUGUCAAAGGCAGCACGAACCCAUUGUUUGGAGAACAGUUCAGCUACAUCCUGCAGGAAGAGAAGGAGCUUCAUCACAUCACGCUGAGGAUGGAGGUCAGAGACUUUGAUAGGUUCUCCAGACCCACAGUUCUGGGAGAGGUCAGAGUCCCUCUGAGCCAACUCAACAUCGUGUACCCUGUGGAGCUGCAGCAAGACCUGCAGACACCUCAGAAGGAUCUCGUCGGUGAGGUGCUUCUGUCACUGAAGUUUCUUCCUACGUCUCAGAGGCUGGAGAUUGGAAUCUUAAAGAUCAGAACGCUUCUCUCUGGAGUUUCCUCAGAUGCAGCUCUGUAUACCAGGGUCAGUGUGCAGUGCAACCAGUGCAAGCUGAGAUACCAAAAAACCACCACAGUGUCUCGCUGCCCGGUGACCGUCUUCAACGAGGUCCUCAUGUUCACCCUGCCAGAGUUCCCUGUGGAGCAGUGUCGGAUUGUGGUGUCCGUGUACGAGACUCAGGUGACUAACAAAUCCUCCAAGCACCUAAUUGGCCAGUUGACUGUGGAGAAAGAGAAAAGUUCGGAAGACAAACACUGGAACCUGAUGAUGCGCUCCGUCCGCCAGCCAGUAGCAAAGUGGCGCAGCCUGCUGAUCUGAGUGCAGCUCACAAACCCUCCUGGAUCCUUUUACCCACUUCUAUUUAAACUAUAAAACGGACCGGGUUCUGGCCAGCCUUUGCUCCGUCCCUGCACAUGUUCAGUCACGUAAGAAUAAUCGCACGUUUCUCUUCUCUGUGUUUAGAUCCAAAUCCUGAAAAGACUUUAGGGUGUUGACCUUUGUACGGCAUUGUUAUGAAGGGUUUGUUUUCUGUUAAUAAAAACUCCUAAAAAUCA